UAAACCAGCCCCAAUAGAUACUUUCUUUAUCCAUGCUUCUGAAACCAUAGACAAGCCUUCUCCUCUAGAUACUCCAGGUGCUCUUCUCAGCAGUUCUCCAAACAGCGAAAAGGUGAGCUCUACAAACCAAUUCAAUCAUUCAUGUUGCCCUGGAAAUCGUUGAAAGUGUCAAUUGAUUAAAAGCUCUCUAGACGGCAAUGAUUUCGCCUAUAAAAUCACCGGCAUCAUCCGGAAAAGGUGGCAAUCCAUCAUUUGCCGGAGCAGGAGAAGACAGUUCUGUCAAUAGUACAUCAUCUACCCGCAUGAUAAAACCCAGUAUAUCUACUCUCAUUCAAAGAACGCGGUCAAUUUCCAUCGACUCUCCUUCACCACAAACACCACAAAAUGAUUUUCUCGGGUUGCGGUUCAAGAUAUUUGAAAAUGAACGCAUGAUCCGAUCGGAAGCUGCGGCUCAGCCUCCGGAAGGGGCUCAUCCGCCCUCUCCUUCUCCUCAUCAUCCUUAUCGACGAGCUCCUAUGACGGAUACAUGCAAUCGAUGCCGACGAAAAGUACGUACAGACGAUCAGCCUGUAUCAGUAGCGAACAAAACCUAUCACCGUGCAUGUUACUCCUGUUUCUUUUGCCGCACACAACUCGAUCUAUCGGUAUCACCUUUACAAAUUCAAGGCAAUAUUUACUGCCAAAAAGAUUAUGAUCUCGCGGUUAGAAAACCAGCAUGUACAGCUUGUGAAAUGCCAAUCGAGCCGCAUAUCCGGCCGAUCCGGGCUCUUGGUCGUUACUACCAUCCAGAACAUAUUCGAUGCUUCCAUUGCCGUAAAACCAUCGAUCCCGACAUGACCGGCCUCGUCGAACGCAAAGGCAAAUUCUUUUGUCGACCGGAUUUUAAUCUAUUAUACUUGCCCAAAUGCCAAGCUUGCAAACGAGCGGUGGAAAAGGAAGCUGUGUCGUCCAAGGACGGUAAACUCCAAGGCAAGUGGCACAAACAUUGUUUCCGUUGUCAACUAUGUCAUUGUUCUUUUCCAAAUAAUGUCUUUUACAUCUACGAAAAUGCACCUUAUUGUCGACGAGAUUACCAUCAGUUGAAUGGAUCACUGUGCCAUGCGUGUGAUGAACCGGUGGAAGGACGGUGUGCCGAGACCCAGGAAGGCUGGCGGUUUCAUCCACAGUGCUUUACCUGCUCUGUUUGCCAUAGUGGAAUCCGCGAAACGAUCUAUUACGUACAUGAAGGCAAACUUAUGUGUUUUCAAGAUCGUAACAUCCGAGCUGAGAGACGUCAUACUCGAUUCUCAAUGGCCUAAAUCUCUUGGAUUUCUCAAACCCUUCAUAACCGUACUAUGUACUUACUGUAUAUUUUUUUUUUGGUUCUCAUAAUUCUAACAUUUGAUCCACUGUGGGAAAGUGGCUCCGCUGACAAUUCACCUGAAAUACAUUUAUUUAACUCUUGAGGCAACGUGAAAUGUUUGUUAAAGUCUUGUUAAAUCUGCUGUAUUGAAUUGUGCCGCUGAAACGGUCUGGAGUGCUCGUUGAUGGGUAACUU